AGUUCCGUUCCCUUCCUUUCCUUCCAGAAAGAGCGUGGUGAAGAUGGCGGCGCAAAACUCGAUGCCGAGCGAUCUUUACAAAAGCGUAUAUUCGUUUCUGCUGGAGAACAAGUUCACAAAGGCCGCUCAGCAGUUUCUGAAACAGACUAAAGUGACUCCACAAGAUCCAAACGAAGAGAGCCUCGUCAACAUCUACAACUUCUGGGUGAAGUCUCCUGAAGCCAAGAAACGAAAGGCGCUUCCUAACAAGGCUGAAGCUGCAGACGGUCCAGCAGCCAAGAAAGCAAAAACCAGUAAAGAGAGCUCCAGCAGCGAAGAGUCAAGCAGCGAGGAUGAAGAAGCUGUUGCAAAACCAACUAAGGCAGCCCCUGCAGCAGCCAAGGUGGUGCCAGCUCAAGCAGCAGCUACCAAAGCUGCAUCCAGCAGCAGUGAGGACUCCAGUGACUCUGAGGAGGAGAAGGCACCUGCAAAGGCACCUGCAAAGGCACCUGCAAAGGCUCCUGUGAAGGCUCCGGCUGCAGGGAGGAAGAAGGACAGCAGCUCUAGCAGUGAAGAAUCUGAGGAUGAGCAGUCCGCUAAAGCUCCUACUCCAAAACCCAAGGCUGCUGCAGUUACAGCACCCAAACCAGCUGUUCCUGCUAAAGCUGCAGCUCAGAAAAAGCAGGAGAGCAGCAGCAGUGAAGAGAGUUCCUCAGAAUCUGAAGAUGAAAAGCCAGCAAAGGCUCCAGCCAAACCUGCCCCAGUAAAGACUGCUCCGGCUGCUGCUGAAUCAAGCAGCGAAGACUCUUCAUCUGAAGACGAGGCUCCGCCCAGCAAAAAACCCAAAGCAGGAGCGUACAGUGCAGUCCCACCUCCUGCUUCAGUCCAGAAAGCUCCAGCUGCUCCAGCAGCCAGCAAGGCCAAGGACAGUGACUCUUCAGACAGCAGUGAUGAGGAAGAAGAGAAGAAAGUAGCUGCGAAACCUGCACCAGUAAAAACCACUGCUGCCAAACCUGCUGCGCCCAAACCCGCUGCAAAGAAGCAGGAGUCCAGCUCUGAGAGCUCAGAUUCAAGCUCAGAUGAAGAGAAGGCAAAGAAGCCUGCAGCGAAGGUGACUCCCGCUAAGGCUGCUCCAGCUAAACCUGUUGCAGCUAAAGUCCCACCUGCUAAAGAAGACUCCUCGGAGGAUUCCAGCUCGGAGGAGGAGGAGGCGGCAAAGAAGGCUGCAGCAAAGAGGCCCGCUGCUAAACCUGCACCGGCCAAGACUACCCCCGCUAAAAAAGACGAGUCCUCAAGCUCAGAUAGCAGCUCUGAAGAUGAGGCUCCAGCAAAACCUGCCACUAAAACUGCAGCCAUACCGACACCUGCUGCUGCCUCUAAACCCCCAGCCAAGGCAGCGGAGAGCAGCUCUGAUUCUGAGGACUCUGAGGAUGAAGAAGAACCGGUGAAAGCCAAGCCAGCAGCUAAGCCGGCUACCCCAGCCUCAAAGCCUGCUACUCCCGCAGCAAAGCCUGCUGCAGCAGAGAGCAGCUCAGACUCCUCCUCAGAAGAUGACGAACCAGUUAAGGCUAAACCUGCAGCUGCUAAACCUGUGUCAAAGCCCGCUACCCCUGUAGCAAAGCCUGCCGCUGCAGCAGAGAGCAGCUCAGACUCUGACUCCUCCUCAGAAGAUGACAAACCAGCAGUCAAGGCUAAACCUGCUACGCCUGCGUCAAAGCCUGCUACCCCUGUAGCAAAGCCUGCUACCCCUGUAGCAAAGCCUGCUACCCCUGUAGCAAAGCCUGCUGCUGCUGCAGAAGACAGUAGCUCAGACUCUGACUCCUCCUCAGAAGAUGAAGAACCAGCAGUCAAGGUUAAAUCAGCUGCGGCUAAACCUGCAGCGGCUAAAUCAGCUGCGGCUAAACCAGCUACCCCUGUAGCAAAGCCUGCUGCGGCAGAGAGCAGCUCAGACUCUGACUCUUCAGAAGAUGAAGAACCAGCUGUCAAGGCUAAACCUGCUGCGGCUAAACCUGCUGCGGCUAAACCUGCUGCGGCUAAACCUGCUGCGGCUAAACCUGCUACCCCUGCAGCAAAGCCUGCUGCAGCAGAGAGCAGCUCAGACUCGGACUCCUCUUCAGAAGAUGAAGAACCAGCAGUCAAGGCUAAACCUGCUACGCCUGCGUCAAAGCCUGCUACCCCUGGAGCAAAGCCUGCUACUCCUGUAGCAAAGCCUGCUACCCCUGGAGCAAAGCCUGCUACUCCUGUAGCAAAGCCUGCCGCUGCAGCAGAGAGCAGCUCAGACUCUGACUCCUCUUCAGAAGAUGAAGAACCAGCAGUCAAGGCUAAACCUGCAGCGGCUAAACCUGCAGCGAAACCUGCAGCGGCUAAACCUGCAGCGGCUAAACCAGCUACGCCUGCAUCAAAGCCUGCUACCCCUGUAGCAAAGCCUGCUGCUGCUGCAGCAGCAGACAGCAGCUCAGACUCUGACUCCUCUGAGGAUGAGGAAGAACCAGUAAAAGCCAAGCCACCAGCAGCUAAACCAGCUACCCCAGUUACAAAGCCUGCUGCAAAGCCUCGGGCGGCAGCGGACAACAGCUCUGACUCAGACAGCUCAGACUCUGAGAACGAGGCGGCCAAACCUGCAGUCAAGAAACCGACUCCAGCGGCGGCGGCCCCUGCUAGCACACCGACCGCCACAAAGGCAGCAGCGGCUCCAGCAAAGAAGGCUGAGGAGAGCAGCUCUGACUCCUCGGACAGCUCUGACUCAGAGACGGAGACAAAGUCCACUCCUGCUAAGCCUGCCGUCGCCAAUGGCAAGGCAGUGACACCCAAGGCAGCAACACCCAAGACUCCAGUAAAGCCCGCAGAGUCCUCAUCCAGCGACAGCAGCUCUGAAGAUGAGGAGGAGGAGGAGGCCAGUAAAAGUACUGUAAAACCUGCGACACCUGCCGCAACACCCAAGACAACCCCAGCAGCUAAACCUAAAGAGAGCAGCAGCAGUUCCUCAGACAGCUCAUCAGAGGAGGAGGAAGCACCACGCAAAGCAGCCACGGCACCCACCACCCCCUCAACAAACGGUACAAAAAGUGAAAGUGAAGAGGAAGAGACAGAAGUCAAGACACCAAAAAACAAGAAAGUAACGACCACACCACAGACGUUUCCUAAAGCUAAUAAGUCCUCCAACGUACCCUUCCGUAGAAUAAGAGAGGAAGAAGUAACAGUGGAUCCCCGUCUUACAGACAACUCUUUUGAUGCAAAGUUUGGAGCCAACGGGGACUGGGGCCAGAAAGCCAACGAUGUGCUCAGGUUCACAAAGGGCAAGUCAUUCCGCCAUGAAAAGACGAAAAAGAAGAGGGGAAGCUACCGCGGCGGAGCCAUCUCCACCAACAUCAACUCUAUUAAGUUUGACAGUGACUAAGGACCUUCGGACUCUCAUCCCUCCCACCUGAACUGAAAUGUAUCCGUGUGAUCGGGACUUUGCGUUCUCUGCUUCCUCCCCCGGUAAACAGUCCCUUUUUCUCAUCACUACCCAGGAGCACACUGGCAGGAAUGGGACCCAUAGAGCUGAGUUGGCACUUAACAUUUAGUUAGCUGCCCUUGGUUUGUAAUGGAGAGCAUUAGUUUGAUCUCUGAUCUGAAGCAACAGCUAGUGGAGCUGGUGCAGCAGCAGAGAGAUGUUCCCAGCUGUGACUUCAGACUGUACUGCUAAAGGUUGAGCUCCACGUGACAUUAUUACCACUUAUAGCCACUAGGUGGCUGCAGGCCAUCAGUUAAUGGUAAAACUUCAAUGUGUGUUGGGUCCCUUUUUUUUUUUUUUUUUUUUUUAAAUUUUUUUUUUUGUGCUUGUUUUGACUUCAUUCUCAAAUGAGGAAUGUCUUGUCAUUUCUUUGUACCAAUUUCCCAACAUAUCUCUAUAUGAAUGACAGCCAUCCAUCCCAACAGGUUCUUUAUAGUGCGUUAAGAAAAGGCUGGUAUUGAUUUUUAAUGGAUCACAUGGCUUCUUGAAUUUUGUUUGGUUGUUUGUGAAUUUUUAUUUGGCCACAUUUAAAAUGGGGAAAGGGUGUGCGCUCGGGUUAUUUCUCUAUUUACAUAACCCAAACAUUUGAAGAGUAGAACUGAGUUUUAUACUGUGUAUUUAUUUAGUUUAAUUCCAUUUCCAUGUUUAGGACCUCAGAUGGUCCAAUCCAUGCCAUUCUCAAGCCAUUCUGUUAAGAUACCCCUGUUAACCCUCCCUAAUCUGUUCAUCAGUGGUAUUAAAUUAAUGUUUGACCAACUAAGAGCCAUUUAACAGAGCCAUGUUUGUUUCAAUUAUUUGAAUUUACUGUAUGAAGUGAUGUGAACCUCCUGUUUUUUUUAAUUAUCAAUACUUGUAGCAAUUAUUAAAGACCUAAAAUAUUAGAUGUUUGUGUGAUUGUAAUCAUGAUUUUGAGGCUUUUUUUAUUUUUUUUUACUCUUAGUAUGAUACUGACACUUGACUCCUAAGACAUUCUGCAUGCCUACAGUCAUUAGCUCUCUUUCGUAUGUAACUAACAAUCCACAUCAAUCAGUCAAAUCCAUCAUGUAUCUGCUUUUUAUCUGAAAUUAAAGAGUAUUGGGGAAUCGGA